AUGAUCACGAUUCACGACACGCCCGAGGAGACACCGCUGCUGGCGACUCCUAACUCCGAGAAUGCACAACCACCCAACAACCGCCUGAAGAAACUGCUAAUUCUCGUCGUCUGCGGCAUCUUCAUCCUCGGUGCCGAUUUUGGAUUCUUCCUGUCCACAGCCCCACAGACCGCCAUCUUCGAACAGAUCAUCUGCCGCAAUUAUCUCGUGCAUUCACGCGAUGCCCUCAACACGACCCUGCCCGAGGUCCCGGGGAACCCAUGCAAGUCCGAGGUCGUGCAGGGCGAGUUGGCCAUUGUCAAUGGGUACAAGGACACCUUCGAGGUGAUCCCCAGUAUCAUCCUCUCGCUCCCCUAUGGAGUCCUGGCUGACCACUGGGGCCGCAAGCCGGUCCUGUAUCUCGGCGCCCUCGGGAUGAUCCUGGGAGAGAUCUGGGUCCGACUGGUGGCUGCCUCGGAGAUCCUGCCACUGCGGAUGAUUUGGCUGUCGGGCAUCUUUCGCAUUAUCGGCGGGGGCGACCAGGUCGUUCUCUCGAUGGCGGUUGCGAUGGUCGCUGAUGUCUUUUCCGAAGAGGAGAGAUCCACUGCACUCUUCCGUCUACAAUCCUGCGCGAUUCUCGCAGAGAUCCUGGCGACUCCCAUCAGUGCCUAUCUCAUGACCUUUGAUCCAUGGUUUCCCUAUCUCCUGGGAUUCAUCGUGAUUCUCAUUGGCACCCUUCCGACAUUUUUUCUGCCUGAGACUCUCGCAGAUGCAAAGAGUAAGAUGGCAUCUCACUCUGGAUCAUCCGGGGAGGGCGGUGAAGGCACUGAGACCAGCAAGCAGCCCCUGCUACAGGCGAUCCUCCACCAGAUCAGUGAAUUUAAACAUUCGAUACGAUUCAUCUGGCGUGAUGGCAAUGUGUGCCUUUUGAUUCUCAUCACCGGGUUUGGGGUUAUGAGUCGACAGUCGACCAAUAUACUGAUGCAAUAUGCAUCGAAGAAAUUCAACUGGAGUAUUGGCAAAGCCAGUCUACUCAUCUCGCUGCGUGGCAUCUUCACCCUCGCCAACUUCCUCGUCAUUAUGCCCUCGUUCAACAUGAUCUUGGGUAAAUUCUUCAAUCUCCACGGCAAACACCGAGACCACCGCCUGAGUCAAGGCACCGCCCUCUUUACCAUGGUCGGAUUCGCCAUCAUGGCCUUUGCACCUGUACCGGGCAUCCUAAUCUGGGGCCUGGCCAUUUUGUCGCUGGGACUCGGCUUCCUCAUCACGACCCGCAGUCUUGUAACUGCCCUUGUCCUCCCCAGCCAUAUCGGAACACUGUAUUCGGCGCUCGCCAUCUCGAUGUCAGUAGGGAUUUUGAUCUCGGGUCCUCUAUUUGCCUACCUCUUCCGCAUUGGUAUGCAUCUGGGCAAUGCGUGGAUGGGGCUGCCGUGGCUCCAGGCCUCGUUGAUCUUUGGGCUGGUCACGAUUGCCAUUUGGCGGAUUCGAGUGCGAGAUCCAGUGGAAUACGAGAAUCCGCGGCCGGCUGAAAACAUAUAG